UAGCCUCUGAUGAUAAACCAAAUCCCUAGAAAAAAGAAGCAUCUCUCAAUCUUCUGAAAACUUGCCCCUUUCUCUGAGACCAAAUUGAUCAAUUUGGUGGGUAAAGAUGGCAGAGAUGAAGCUCCUUCUAAUCCUCUCCCUCCUAAUUGCACCACUGGCUCAAGCCACCGACAUCAACUACUGCACUAAGAGGCUUUAUGAAGUCAAGGUUAGUAAAGUGGAUAUAAAUCCUUAUCCAAUAGUCAGAGGCGAGCCAGCAACUUUCGCCAUUGCUGCAACUACAGAUACGCCAAUUUCUGGAGGGAAGAUAGAGAUUGCUGUUUCGAUAUUUGGAAUCCAAAUCCACCGAGAGAAUCUUGACCUUUGCACUGAGACAUCUUGCCCUGUCUCAGCUGGCGAUUUCGUGGUUUCUCACUCUCAAGCUUUACCUGCAUUUACUCCUCCAGGAAAGUACACACUUAGAAUGAAACUGCACGAUGCAAAUGGUCAUGAACUGACGUGCAUUUCCUUCGGGUUUGACAUUGGGCUUGGAUCAUCUGUGGCAGAUAGCUAGAGGUGCAUAGAUUGAUUGUAUAGUUUAGUCUACAUGCAUCAUUUCCCCCUUUCCCAAAACGUGUAAAAAGGAAACUUCAAUACUGUUGCUCCAUAAACCAUGCUUAAACUUUGUUGUGUGUAAUUUACUAUUGUACCAACUAUUACUUUCCCUUUUGAACGACAAAAAGUUAAGCACAGCUCUUUCAAGGAGCAACCGAAA